AUGAUACAUUGGUUGAAGCAGCUGCGAUCGGCGUUUGGCGUCGCGUUUCUGUGGCUCGUUUGCCUCAUUUACUUCACUCAGGGAUUUAGAUCGUUCGUGUGGACAGCAGUUUCGUACCAGCUGAAAGAUAGGCUUCAAUUAUCACCAUCAGCUUCACAGUUCGUCUUUACUGUAUCCUUCUUUCCAUGGAGCAUCAAACCAUUAUACGGAAUCAUCUCAGAUUGUAUCCCAAUCGGAGGGAAAAAGAGGACACCGUAUUUAGUAAUAUCAACGGUUCUCUCUCUUGUGCCGUGGGUGAUGCUCGGUCUAGAUUCGACCUCGAGAAGCUCGAGCCUGUAUCUGAUGAUUCUCUUGACCGUUCAAAAUAUUGGAUCAGCCAUGGCUGAUGUUGUGGUUGAUGCCAUGAUUGCUGAGGCAGUGAGACUUGAGAAGGCCUCGUUUGCUGGAGAUCUUCAGUCUAUCUCAUGGUUUGCUAUGGCUGUGGGAGGAAUAUGUGGUAGUUUAUUAGGAGGCUAUGCAUUAACAAAUUUGAAUAUAGAAACUAUAUUCCUUCUUUUCACUGUACUACCGGCGCUGCAACUACUAUCAUGUACUCUGGUUGAAGAGAUUCCAGCUAGCAAUGAGCUUCUGGAUUCGAACGGUUUCGAAGAGAAAAGUUAUGAUAACUAUAGUGAUACAAAGAAGUCUAAUAUUAAAAGAAGGAAAGGGAAGAAGAAGAAAAGUGGAAAAGGAGCUUCCAGUUAUGGAAAGUCUGUUACACAGAAGAAGCAAUCAAAAUCAAAGUCUUUAGGUUCACAGUUGUUCCAGUCACUGAGAGCGGCGACUUUUGAAUUAUGCCGUGCGUUCAAGCAACCGAUGAUUUUGAGACCAAUGGCGUGGUUUUUCAUUGCGCAUAUCACUGUGCCGAAUCUCUCUACCGUCAUGUUCUAUUACCAAACUGAGGUCUUGCAGUUGGACGCUUCUUUCCUAGGAACAGCACGUGUAGUUGGUUGGUCAGGUCUCAUGCUUGGAACAUUCGUAUACAAUCGAUAUCUUACAAAUAUGACUCUACGCAAGUCUCUCUUGUUUGCUCACAUCGGGCUGUCUAUAACAAUACUCCUCGAUAUGGUUCUAGUGUCUAGAGCAAAUGUGGGUUACAGAGUAUCAGACAAGACAAUGGUGCUCUUCGGAUCAGCUCUAGCUGAUGCCAUCAACCAACUCAAAUUCAUGCCGUUCUUGAUCUUGUCUGGUCGUCUAUGUCCUCCUGGGAUCGAAGGAACACUCUUUGCGCUGUUUAUGUCUAUAAACAACCUCGGGAACACAAUAGGGUCAUUCAUGGGAGCAGGAUUGGCUUUACUUUUGGGAAUCUCUUCAGGGUCGUUUGAGAAUAUGUUUAUGGGAUUAGCGAUUCAAGUGUUUUGCACUUAUAUACCUGUUUUGUUUCUUUUCUUGAUACCCAAGGAAGCUACUGGAGUAUCAGCAUCAUAG